UGUUAAAAUAAUCCGAGUAAAAGGAAUUUUUGUUUUUGGUGCAUGUGUAUAUGUGAAUACGCUCAAGCUCGGAUUGCUAGGAAUCGCAGCACACCCUGACAUCGCGUCAUGUAAACAUUGUAGACGAUCGACGACUCGGCCGAAUUACACACUUUUACUUCACCGCCACGUGCCGUUUCAAUAGAGACAGAGAAUGAACCAAAAAAGAUAGACGAAACGCCUAUACUUUUGUCACUAUCUUUUUUGUUUAUUCUCCGACUCACUCUAUCGAAACAGCAGCGGUGGGCGGGGAGGUAAAAACCAAGUGCAGUGCAUUCGGCUCGCGACUUAUUACGACUCUUGCGCGCUGAGUUGGGACAGACCUACGCAGCACAAAAGGAGAUUUAACAAAUAUGUGCAAUGUAUUGUAAAUACAUAUGACGUCCUGAUCUAGAAUGAUAUUGAACGUAAAAAAAAGUGGCUACUACAUUGCGUGAUAGUACAAAUGAUAUUUGCAUAGGCCACAUGGAAUAGGAUAUUUUUAUAUGUAUUCCUGAGCCAUGUUAUGUGGAGUACUGCUAAUGGUAAUGCAAAAAAUAAAGCUUACAUUGUAAUAUAAAAAUCAAAAUUGUGAAUGUUGACAUUAUUAAUAUAAUCACAUUAUCGAUUUUUAGUUUCGUAAGUGCCGCGCAGAAUCUCAGGAGUUAAUCAAAAAUUGAAAAUAAAACUUUGAAAACAUAAAUAUAACUAGAAAAUGUUUUCUAUCGAAUGAUAUAACAAUUUUUAUAGAAUUGUUUAAAAUUUUGCAAUAAUUGAGUUUUUUAUAAGCUAAGCGAAAAUUUAGCUGAUAAAGUAAGCCCGAAAAUCGAUCGAGUAGGCAGUAAUGUAACAUUUUCCUUUUUUUUACAUUUGUUAUCUUUACGAAAAACAAGUUAAUGUAUAUAACGAUUUCUAAGAACCUUUUACUUCGAUAUUAUAACGCUCUUCUUUUAUAACCAUUCAAAAAUUCUGAAAAAUUAAAAGCUACACUUUAAUAAAAAGAAAAAUUAAUAUACAUAGACGCUCAGAAGUAUAAAAAUAAUUCCAUUUUAUUCUAUUCUGAGCAAAAUGCUCAGACAGCGAUUGAGCAACCGAAGAUUGCUAAUUGAUCUCCUCGCCCUGAUGUUCGGUCUGGGUACCUGGAUUGGUGUGAACGGCAUCUACAUUCAAUUGCCGCUCAUAAUACAUAUAGCACCUGAAGGCUGGAGCCUACCAGCCUACUUGGUGAUGCUGGUGCAAUUUGCCAAUUUAGGUCCCAUACUACAUAGCCUCUACACAAAGUACACUGCUUGGGCAUGCGAUAAAUAUAUAAUUUAUGCCUUGCUGGCUGUAGAAACGUGCGCCUGUGUCGCGUUGAGUUUCCUGUACGAUCAUACGUCAGUUGUGUUCGGUAACAAGCACUCGACCGCCCUCAUGUCGCUGAUGUUCGUGACCGCCCUGGUCGGAUGUACGAGUUCCGUGCUCUUCAUGCCGUACAUGAAGAACUAUCGUGAGAUUUAUCUAGUGUCUUAUCUCGUUGGAGAAGGACUGAGCGGAUUUGUUUUGAGCGCAGUUGCGAUGAUUCAAGGUGUUGGUAGUAGCACAGGCUGCGUCAACGUUACCAAGCCAGGCUCGAGCCACCUGGAAUUCGUGCCUGCGAAACCAACUCCAAGAUUCUCCUCCGAGAUAUUUUUUAUCCUCGUCGGGACUCUGCAAUGCUUGAGUUUUCUCUCGUUCCUAGGCUUAAACACUUUGCCUGUGGUAUGCAAAGAGAAAGUCAAGCUUCCGAGCUGCAUGGAAAUAUUGCCGACUGACGCGACGGCAUCGCCGAGCUACAAAAUUAAUUUCCGAAAAAUGCCGAAGUUCAUAUAUUAUUAUUCAUUAGUCAUGAUAGCUGUCAUCUGUUUCCUCUCUCACGGUAUUUUACCGAGUAUACAGUCGUACUCCUGUUUACCAUACGGUAAUACGGCGUAUCAUUUGACAGUCACGUUGACUUCUAUAGCCGGUCCUUUGGCCAUAUCCUUCGGUUAUUUUAUGAAAACACCGGAAGUGAAACUGCUCAAUAUCCUCAUGGCAGCAAUUUUAGCACUUUCUAGCUUCGUUUUGUAUCUAGCCGUAAAAUCACCUCAUCCUCCCUUGCAACAUUCGUGGGCGGGUAAAUUGAUGGUAGUUCUUAUAUGGAUAAUGCUUUGCGGUUUGAUAGGAUUUGUAAAGAUGGGCAUUGCAACUUUGUACCGACUCGAUCCUGGAAAGGGUCUUUAUUAUGUUGGUGUCGCAACACAAAUCGGAUCGUUCAUAGGCGCAAUUAUUAUGUUCGGUUUGGUCAAUUACGCGAAAGUAUUCCUGUCUUAUUCUAGUUGCCCGUAUCCUACAGAAAAUUAACGUAGUCUUUAGUAUAAUGUCUAAAGAACACGCAAUUUUAAUAAAAUUUAAAAUCUGUUAUCAUUAAAAGUACUUCCAAAAUAAUGAGAAAAGAUUCUCAUUUCAUCACCAAUACUUAAAAAAGUCAAAGUUUUCUAAUAAUAAAAAA